ACAUUGCGCAAGAUCUCCACUCAACUGCGAACAAACCUCACAAGAAAGAGAUCGACCUCUUCCUCAGGCGCUUAUAAAAAAUCAGUCCGGUUUUACGCGGUGGAUACUAUCUACUACACUCACUCAUCUUUGGAUUAUGACCGUACACCGUCAGAUGAA